AAUUCAAGGCGAACUUCUUUGGCGUUGCGAGUGUUCCCCUCGCAUUUCUCACGACGAUAUGUAGUAAACGUAUAAGGCAUUAGGCUGAGAGACAUUUGUGGAUAGUCGUGUCGGGAUAGACAAUUCGCAAGAAGAUUGUCCGAGUGUUGUGUCGCGGUUACUACCUUAUAAGACGUGGUGAAUAAAAAGAAAUAAGAACAAGAAAGAAAAGAGGAACGUCGCGAGUGUUCGCGGGACCCGAAGUGAUUGUAGUGUGUGAAAACCGUCGUGACCCCAAGGAGUAAAAUCUCCAGGUAUAUAUACACGUACGACAGAACGAACGCAAAUCUGUUGUUUUUUUUAUUCGACUCACCAUUCGUGUGGUUUUAGUGCAAAUUGAAUAAUCGCGGUGAGUGACACGAGAGUAUACAUACAUUCGUGAUUUUUAACGCAAAUAAAAAGUGUCUGUGAACAUUUUUUACUACGUGAGAUUUCAGGUGUAUGACAAAAACAAGGGAAAAAAAUCUAGCAUUGCCAUUGCAUACCGCACAUUUUUUUGUGAUUUCUUGGAGCAACAAUAAUAGCAGUUCGUUGAAUACUUGGAAUUUCAAAAGACCAAGACUUCCCCGUAAACCUUUGUAUUAUCCUGGCUCAGACUCGACACAAUAAAACCAUUGUGCCCACUUCGAAUAGACCGGCCCUCUCCUCUCCUCUUCCUCGACUUAUUUUUCUCCCCCUUCGCCCCCUUACUCGUUUUCGGCUUAACAAAAUAGCUAUGGCGUGUAAACUUGACACCCCAACUCCGAAUUAUUUGAGUGUCGUAACGAAAAAUUCCUUACGAGUUGACGGAUAAUUUAGGCGGAAAUUCGAUCACUCGACGCUCGCCUUAAUUUCUCGAUCGAAAAUUUAUAAAUAUUAAAUAAUGAACCUCGUUUACGGGAGAGAUUGUAGUAGUAUUGUUUCAUAAUGAUAAAGUGAGGGAGGAAAAAAGGAAAACAACGAGCUUACGGUGAACGGCGAUUGAGGGGGCGCGAGAGACGAUCGGGGGGACAUCUCUUGUACGAAAAGCCGAAACGAUUUUUCGUCGUGGGCGCAUCUCUCGCGUUAGUGUCCGUCCGAACGUGCGUGUGUGUGCGUAUUUCUGCGGGAUGAGAGAACUAUAGUGAAAAACCGAAGGUGAUGAGUGAUGACCACAGUCGCUAUGCAGGCGUCAUCAUGGUGCGUGAGAUUUCAGUGUUUUCAUUGAAACGUGUUUGUUUUGAAUCGAUACAAGAACGAUAUUCAAAGUUGAACAAAUAAAACCGUAUUUUUCUACCGAUAAAAUUGAUAAAAUUACGAUGAACGAGGCGAUUUUUAUGAAACUUCAUCGCGAUGGGAAAUAAGAAUAAAAGACUUGGAAAAGCGAGAGUGGCCGGUGGUCGAAGUGAGAAUAAAUAGAGAAACGGACAAACUUUUUUCUUGUUUUUCCCUCUCGCUCUUCGUUGUAUUCCGGUGAAAAAGAUCGUUUAUAAUGUCGGGUCCACAAACCCCCGAACUUCAGGUAUCGCGCAGCUUCUUCGAGCGAAUGAAAUUUUUUAGUAUUCUUUUUUGUAUCUUCCUCGAUUUUCAAUCGCUUACAAACGGUGACAAAAAUAUUCCCAAGUGCCCGGUUGAAUGUUCCUGUUUCGGCAACUUCGUCGACUGCAGCGGCUUGCAACUGAUCGGUGCGCCCAGCGGCUUACCACCAUGGACCGAAACUUUGGAUCUGAGCGCGAACAGGCUCAACGACAAUUUUACGAUCGGCCUAUCGGAUCUGGCACAAUUGAGGGAACUGAAGGUCAACAGAAAUCAACUUACGCAGAUACCAGAUCUUUCGAUUCUCUCGAAUUUAACGGAGUUGACGUUAUCGCACAAUUCCAUCAGCGAUGUCAAUGGUACGGCUCUGCUCGGCGUAGAAGAGCUUCAGAAUCUUGAUUUGAGUGGCAACAAGAUAAGGAUCUUGAAACGAGGCUCUUUUCUCGCUCCGAAUCGUCUGACGCACUUGAAUCUAAACAUGAACGGGAUCGUCCUCAUGGAAAACGGGAGUUUGGACAACCUCACGGCUCUCGAAGAACUUCGCUUGAACAAAAAUAAUAUAACUCAGCUCGUCAAAGAAGUUUUCACGAAUUUAACACAGCUGCGAAUAUUGGAGGUAAACAGAAACGAGCUGACUAAAAUCGAAGGAUUGAGCUUAAAAAACUUAACGAGUCUGGAGGAGUUGCGGUUGAAGAGAAAUAAAAUAAACACCUUGCAAGACGGAGCGUUUUGGCCGCUGAAAAAUUUGACCGUUUUACAACUCGAUUUUAACAUGCUUACCGUCGUAAAAAAGGGCGGCUUGUUCGGCCUCGAAAGACUCCGCAAACUGACACUUUCUCACAAUCGUAUUGCGACCGUUGAUUCUCAGUCUUGGGAUAUUUGCAAACAAAUAGUGGAACUAGAUUUAUCGGCGAACAAGUUAGCAUCGAUCGAGUUGAAGACGUUUGAAUUUCUUGGAAAACUACAAAAGCUGAAGCUCAAUCACAAUAAAAUAGCUUACAUCGCCGACGGGGCAUUCAACGAUACGCCGAAUCUCGAAGUUCUGGAACUCAACAACAAUAAAAUAUCCUACAUCGUCGAGGAUAUAACGGGAGCUUUUAUGCCGCUCGGACAGCUCUUGAAACUCGGUUUAUCCCAAAAUGAAAUAAAAUCAGUGAACAAAAAUGCCUUCGCCGGUUUAGCGAGCCUUACGGAACUCGAUCUCGUCGGCAACGACAUAACGAGCAUUCAGGAGAAUGCCUUCGCAAUUAUGCCCAAUCUCGCCAAGCUUAAGAUGAAUACCGGCGCUCUCUUGUGUGACUGUGGUCUUCAAUGGCUGAGCGUAUGGUUGCGCAGUCAUCGAUACACGGAGGCGAAGGCAAGAUGCGGUUAUCCCCAUUGGUUACACGGUAUGCCGUUGACGCAGCUCCAUCAGGCUAACUUUACCUGCGACGAUUUUCCAAAGCCUCGCAUUAUCGAAGAGCCAUCCAGCCAAAUGACUAUACGAGGUGACAACGUGAGUCUGACUUGUCGUGCGACCAGCACCGCCGAUACGCCUCUCAUAUUUAAAUGGAAACACGAAAACGUCGAAUUGCACAAAACUGGGCUUCAAUCUGACACCGGCACCUCCGAACGCGGAGUUACUGAAGCUUCUUCGAUUCUUCAUCUUGUUAACGUCACUCAUGGAAAUGCUGGCAGAUAUCAAUGCAUGGUCGAAAAUACUUAUGGAACAACUUAUUCCGCCAAAGCCAAAAUCAGUGUUCUUGUGUAUCCGUCGUUCUCAAAAAUCCCUCACGAUAUACGAGUGACUGCCGGGGAUACGGCUCGGCUCGAAUGUUCCGCAGAAGGUCAACCUUCGCCACAGAUCGCUUGGCAAAAAGACGGAGGAAAUGAUUUUCCAGCGGCUCGUGAAAGACGCAUGCAUAUGAUGCCCACGGAUCCGGUACUCUUUAUCGUCGACGUCAAAACCGCUGAUGGCGGCGUGUACUCCUGCACGGCACAAAACCUCGCGGGACUUAUCGUCGCGAAUGCGAGUUUAACAGUUCUCGAAACACCGUCUUUUGUCAAACCCAUGGAAAACAAGGAAAUAAUGGCCGGUGGCUCGAUAGUCCUCGAAUGUAUGGCGAGCGGUUCACCGCGGCCAAAACUUGUGUGGCGUAAAAAUGGAAGCCCCUUGCAAGCAACCGAACGUCAUUUCUUCACGGCUGAGGAUCAAUUGUUGAUUAUCGUAAAUACGGUAUCGAGCGAUACGGGAAAUUACGAAUGCGAAAUGAGUAACUCGCUAGGAAGCGUCGUCGGAGCUUCUCAUCUCACUAUAAAUCCUGCUCCAUCGUCAGUUGUGAACGAAGAUGACAUGCUCGGACUUAUUAUAAUAACUGUGGUAUGUUGCGCUGUCGGAACAUCGAUCGUUUGGGUCGUUAUAAUAUAUCAAACGCGGAGGCGUUUGAACGCCGCCCACAACACAAGCGGUCAACCUCCAUUAACCGCUAUUGCAAAUACAACCGACGGUCAAACUCAUUUGUACCUGGAUACAAGCUCCCAACACAGCAAGGACAGCGGUACGGGUGAUAGUACUAAUCCCAGUAGUGAUCAAUUACAACUAUGCUUGCCAGGAGAAAUAGUGACUUGCACUUCGAGCAACGAGGACGAAUCCACUGGACCUAGCGGUGAAGACCCACUGUUGCGUUAUACGAAUCACGAACGACAUGUUUCGGUCCAAAUGGCCGAGGAUAUGCCUUAACGCGAAGAUAAAUUGGGAAAAGUCACAUUUUAGCCUUACUCAUCGCUUUACGGUACUCGAUGGCGCGAAGAAAACAAAAAAUAAUCAACAACAAACGACACCAUAGUAUUCAACGAUUCGUCAACGGGAUUACCGCAGAUGAUUCAUUUUUUGGCGGUCAGGGUUACGAUAAUUUUCUCAGUAACGAAACAAGAGGAAAUUCGAAAUUCGGACUGUUCAGUAUUAAAAAUUAAAAAAACGCCUGGAGAGGGAGCAAGAGAGGAGGGACUUUAAAGAUCCUGGGAAAAGUGGAACAUCCCGAAAGAUGUUUCACUACCUUCGAAUACUCGGGUCGUAGCAUCCGACUAAAAAGUAAGAAGAUAUGCCGAGAUUCUGGAUCCUGAAAAAAUGAAAACUAUGCAAAAUCCUUAUCGGAAUUCUCGUUAUUACUAUUCUUAAAAAAAACAGCCUCAACGGAUGAGCGAAAUUCAGAAAAAAAUCUGCAGAGUUGCCUGUCCUGCGAAACAUCGAUAAAAAAGUAUUAUUAGAAAAAUGUUGAAAGAUCUCCGUGAAACGAAGUUGAAAAAAUUCAACGAUUCCCCGUCAAAGAAUAAUCUCCAGAAAUUCUUUUUUCGUCGUAGAACCUGAUAAUUCAGUUAAUCUAUUAUUUUUUCUGGAUUUCUAACAACUUGUUUAUCGUGCCUCCGUUGAAAUAGAUUCUCAACGUUUUUCUCUCUCUAUCGAACGUCGUGUAUUUCUGCUUUGGCUGUUACGUAAUCUAAGAAAUUUUACUCAACAACACGAACGCCGGGCUUUUUUUCGAGGAUCCAGAGCGAGGUAGAUCGUGUACAAAGUUUGUAUAAGUUAAGCGAAACGAAGAUAAAAAUCAUGUUUUUAUGGCCAUAAACGUACAUCGACGUAGAUACGCGUUUCGAGGAAUCAAUUACGAGUUUGAUUGAGAAACACAAGAGUCCCGUAUAUAUAUUAUAUAUAUAUAUAUAAUGUACUGUAAACUAGACCAGCCAUUUGUGAUAGAUAUUUAUUGUAGAUUUACCCUAUCGAGUAGAUAUUUAUAGAAUUUCAUCGAAGAUAUGAAUCUUUAAAACUAUCUUCAUUGAACGCGUUUAGAAAAUGAGAGAUAAUUGAUUAAGUGCAGCAAAGGAAAGCAAACGUGUGCCUGAUUACGUUGAACCUCAUAAUCGGAGAUGAUAAGUGAAAAUUUUUCAAACCUUUUGACACCUUUGUGAUCCAUCAUUGAAUUAUGAGUUUUCAUUGAGAUUUUACGCUACGACGAUCAAUUCAGAAUGAAAAUUUCAUUGAUCGACAAAUUAGUCUCAAAAAUUAAAAGUUUUGAGAUUAAAUGGAUCAUCAAUUGCUAGAGAAAAUUUUCCCUUUCAUCUCCGAUGAAUUUAGCGGAUAUUCGUCUUCCUUUCGACCUUUACUUUUGUUUUUUUCUCUUCACCUACUCAGUAAUUAUAACACUUUAUUAUCGAUCGUUUAAUUUUUCUUCAGUAACAGAUAUAUUGCUCAGUAGCUGUGGGUGCAUCACUCACUUAUAAGAAAAAAUGAAAGCAAAUAGUUAUACACAAGAGAUAUAAUAUUUGCGGGAAAAGCACGUUACGAAACCCGUUGCAGAGUAAACAGAAUUCUUUAGUAUUACAUUUUACUUGACCAAGUGCAAAGCUCUUUUCCUUGGUUUUCAUCUCAUUAGGUAUUCGUUACGAUUUAUAUUCUCGUGUAAAUCGAAAAAAGGAAUAAUUAAGGAUUCGCGCGAUAAUAAGUCUUGUAAAUAUACUCCUUGAAAUCAGUCGAGGUAUCAAAUUCGUAGUGGAUGAAAAAAAAAAAAAACAUUUUUUUUCGUUGUAUUUCUGUGAUUCAUGUAACGUUAUUUUAGUCAUUCGAUAAGUGAAUUUUUUGUCCCGUGAUUAAUUCCGCACUAAAUUUUAUAAGUCGUGCACGAAUAUUUUUACGACUAAACACGCUGAAGUUUGAACGAAGCUGUUAUAGCUCCUUCGAGUAUGUACAUUUUGAUGAACAAAUAAGUAAAAUAUUUAAAAAAACAAUCCGAUCAGCCGAUUAGUAACGGCCGCGGACUUAGGGAAAUUUUUUAAUCGCUAUUUCAGAAAAUUUGAAAUAAAAAUCGUAUAAAACUUCCUCUAUAUUUAUGCAAGAAAUGAAAAUGAAAAAAAAAAAAAAUAAUGUUGCCUUAAACGCGCAAAGAGAUGCCUUUCAAAUGAUUCUAAGCAAAAAAAAACGACAGUUCAAGAGCCUUAAUAGAGAAAUAUUGCAGUUUAUUUAUGGCUUCUUAUUUUUCUCACUGAAACAACGAUAACGAGUCGGUUAUUGUGCCAGGCCUCGCGAUUUUUGAUACGUUUUUUUACACGAACUCUUUCUCCAACGAGCGUAUUUACAAAUGUUUGCCGAGGGGCUAUAAUUUCCAGCAAAUUCAUUGCAAAUCGCGAUACAAUCUGUUUCCUUUCUCUCUCCCCAUUUUUUUUUCUAUUGAAUCGUUGAGCCCGCGUAUUCGAGGAAUUUCUAAUGAAAUCGCGAUAAAUUCUGUCCUCCAGGGUAAAAAGGCCCUUCUAUUAUUAUCGUCAUUAUUAUUACUAUUAUUAUUGUUGUUGUAACGAAUAUACGAUAAAUUGUACUCACGUGAAUUUCCGUCGACCCCUCGAGCAAAAAAUCAGGUUUGACGACCGAAUGAGACGUUUCACAGUUUUCAAACGUCUAGAUUUUCGAUCACGAGCCUUAAUAUUCCCCCCGCCCUCCAAUAGUCAGUGUCGAGUUUUCAAUAAUUUUUAAGUAUUAAGUGGGGUAUCGCAUGCAAACAAAGACUGUGUUGUUUUGUCGCAACUUCAAGAAUUAUUGAAUAACAAUGAGAAUAAGAAAAACGAAUAAACAAAUUGACGAAAAAAAUAUUGAAAAUAUAUAUAUUAUAGUUAUGUAUGGAUGGAAGAAGACGCGUGUGGAUUCUGUUUAACGCAUCGUGAAUUGCGCGCAGAUCUCUUGCUGCGUGCGAUACAGAAAUCGUGGCGUCUGUUUGGUUCAGUAUUUCCUUGUUGUUAUAAAAUAUUGUGUACAAAUACAAGUAACCUAUCAGAUACAA